ACUUCCUGUUUUUGUUAAAAUGUUAAAUAAUUCCAGCAUCUUCAGAAUCAAAUUCGUCUGAUAAUUUUGUUUAAGGCGCCGAUAAGUUUUGUAAAAGGCAGCAAAUGAAGAAGAAGACUAUUAACAAACAGACCAAAAAGCAGAGAACCUCCAUCUUUUGGAGACCCAUGAGCAGGGAGCACAUGCACAUGCACAUGCGAUUCCAUUCAAUCGCUUAACUCAGUUCUUCGUCGUCCCUGCCGGAUUACCGGAUCGUGACCGAUUUUCAUCCAACAACUAGAACUCAUAAAAAGUAUACCAGAAUCAGAAUCAGAAUCGGAGACACAAGGAAAAGUGGCGGGAGUGAUGGUGAUGGCGCCAAUUUGGUGGAUCACGCAAUUACCUUCUUAAUUAAUCGACAACUAUCCUCUUUCGCAAAAUCCACAACUCACGAAACCGAGCUUCCUACGCAGAUUUCUCCCAACUCUCAAUUUCAUCGUCAAUGAACAACGACAGUAAUCCUUAUAUACGGAUCUCACCAACGUCAGCAUCCGGCAGGGGGCCGAUGGGUGUGUUAUGCGAUGCGUUGAAUCGAUGCGGAAAGAGAAUGGAAGAUGCCACGCGAAAAGCGGAGACGCUUGCUGACAGCUUUUGGCAUCAUCUCAGGGUGAGUCCUAGUCUGAGUGAUGCAGCAAUGGCAAGGCUUGCUCAGGGAACAAAAUUGCUUACAGAAGGAGGGCCUGUUAAGGUAUUCCAACAGGAAUUCAACCUUUUAGCUGGAGAGAAGCUGUUAAAUUCAUUCGUUUGCUAUCUAUCGACAUCCUCAGGACCUGUAAUUGGGACUCUUUACGUUUCAACUAAACGAGUGUGCUUUUGUAGUGAUUAUCCACUCUCUCGAUAUUCUCCCACCGGAUCCCAUGACUGGAUGCACUACAAGGUGGUGGUGCAGGUUGAUCAGCUGCGGACAGUGAAUCCUAGUGCAAACAGAUUGAACCCUUGUGAGAGGUACAUCCGCAUUGUCACAAAUGAUAAUUAUGAAUUCUGGUUCAUGGGAUUUAUAUCAUAUGACAAGGCGCUCAACACUUUAAACCACGUCGUACAUAACACAGACUGAUUUCUCUGGAAACCCUCCUACUCUUCAUGAAUAUACAUAAAUGUUGGGGUGUAA